AUGGCGCUACCCGUCGUAGAUUUUUCGUCAUGGUAUAACCUCGAUGAUGAAGCCUCGCGAAAAGGCGUGGCGCAAGAGCUGGUAAACGCCUGUCAGCGAGUGGGCUUUGUUCGAAUCAUCAACCACUCUUUGCCAGAAGACAGCCUCGAUGGGGCAUUCGAGUGGAUGAGGCAAUUCUUUGCGCUCCCAGAAGAGGAGAAGAUGAAGGCCCCUCACCCAGAAGGUUGGGCAGUCCACCGCGGAUACUCGUGGCCUGGGCUAGAGAAGGUUUCGCAGAUUAUGAGCACCGGUGACGACAAGGAGGUGAGGAGUAAAUUGAGAGAGGUGCCUGAUGUCAAGGAAGUCUACGAUAUCGGCAGCGAGAACAACACCCAUGAACCAAAUCAAUGGCUUCCCGACGCCACGCUUCCUGGCUUUAGGGAAUUCAUGAUACAGUUCUAUAGCGACUGUGACCGUGUCGGCAACGAUAUCCUCCGGGCCCUGGCCGUGGGCCUGGAUCUCGAGGACGCAGAAUAUUUAACGAUGAAACACUCGGGAAACUCCCAUCAGCUCCGACUUCUACACUACUUACCAGUCCCGGCGGAAGAUCUAGAGCAGGACCGCGUGAGUCGCUGCGCAGCGCAUACCGACUGGAGCUCAAUAACCUUGCUCUUCCAAGACGACUGUGGCGGGCUCGAGGUGGAGGAUGUCUCACGGCCGGGGUCGUUUGUGCCUGCGCGGCCUGUGAAGAAUAGUAUUAUCAUGAACGUAGGGGAUCUAUUGCAGAGGUGGAGUAACGGUUCGUUCUGGAAACCCUAUCUGUUUUCCUUUCGUUGGGCAAAUGAUACGGGCAGUACCGUCAGCUUGCCCGAACUGUCUGAUCGAAUUGAGGGUCCGAACCGGAUGACUCGUGAACGAUACUCCAUUCCCUUCUUCAUGUCUCCGGAUGACGAUAUUGUCGUGGAGUGUAUACCGUCUUGCAUUAGUGACAGAGAGCCGGCGAAAUAUGAGCCUAUCACGCGCGGAGAUUAUAACAAAAUGAGGAUGGCUAUGAUGUAUUGA